AUGGAUGGUAUGGUUCAGCUGCAGAGGCAAAUUGUUGAUUACACUGCCUCUCUAUUCCACGAGGGCUUUCUAGAUGAUCAAUUUAACCAGCUUCAGCAACUUCAAGAUGAAAGUAACCCGGAUUUUGUAGUUGAAGUGGUGACUCUAUUUUUUGAAGAUGCAGAGAGGCUUAUUAAUGAGCUCACAAUAGCACUAAGCCAGCAAAGCAUUGAUUUUAAAAAAUUGGAUGCUCAUGUUCACCAGUUGAAGGGUAGCAGCUCCAGCAUUGGAGCACAGAGAGUUCACAGAAUCUGCAUUUCCUUCCGAAACUCAUGCGAGGACCAAAACGUUGAAGGGUGUCUUAUGAACUUACAACUGGUGAAACGUGAGUAUUCUUUGGUGAAAAACAAGCUUGAAACACUAUUCAGGAUGGAGCAAAAGCUUUUGGCGGCAGGUGGAUAG